AGAUAGGAGCAAGAGGCGAACUGGGUACUUAUAAAAGGCUGAGACGGGACUGUUUAAACAUUAAGCGACGUAGUGUUACUUAUAUUGCCUGCCAUAAUGUUGAAUUCCAAGUUACUCUUUGUGCCUUUUCUUUUUUUGUGCUCAGUGACUAUAUCAUCUGCUUCACCUAUAAAACAUAAUUUAAAUGAGGGUCGCGGGGUCGCUUCCACACUCUGGGGUUGGAUAUCGUAUCCGUUCACGUGGUGGAGUUACGGGGCUCCGGAUUUUGAUCUUGGCGAUCCGUCGACUGGAUCUCCAACUAAUGAACCGUUUAACAUUGAGAUAGGAAAACAUAACGUAACAGUAUGGUGCAACGACCAAACUUGCACAACAAUGCGUUGCGAUAAAUUCGGAUGUUCCAAUGUUACGUGCAAUAUUUACGAUACCGAUCUAACCGGGGAAUGUAGAAGUUACAACACGCUACCCAAACCCGAUGAUAAUAUAGCCUCUCAGUCGACGGAAGCAUUACCGAAACCAGAACAAGGGAAUAAUAACGAAACGAACGAUAAAGUCCCUGAGGGUACAGUGAACGAACCAUCCUCAGCGCAGGAAGAUAAAGACCAUCAUAUCGAUGAGAAACCAUUACAACUAGAAGCCGUUUUAUCAUCUACGGUGACAGAGGGCAUCGAUGAAACAGAUGAAAAGAUUAGUAAAUAGCAAGAGAUAUUAUGAUGCAAGAUACAAUUAAUUAUCUUCCACUGGGCAUUGACAACAUCGCACUUAGUUAUAUCCACGAAUAUUUUGUUAAUUUUAUCACAAGACUGGCUAACAAAUUAAUUAAGCAAAUGGGGGAUGAGUCAUACUGCGCGGAAGGGAUAUGUCAUUACACAAAACCUACAAAUGUUGAAAAAAUACUCCUCUGUGAAUACAAUUUAAUAACAGGAGAAAACAUGUGUUCUUCCGAAGACCCACAACACACAUUUAUGAAAACCCAUAUGAAUACUAAGAAGAAAAUUAUUAUGUCCGAUAACAUGGAAGAUAACGAUUUG